GAGCAAUUAGACCGUGGCUUUUUGAAGUCUGCAGAAAGUGAACCGCGCUGUGUGGUUCAUCACAACGACGACGCGACUCAUCCUCUACCAAACGCAACGGACACUCAACAACGCGGUAACAACAAGGACCAGUAUCAAGUAUGGCAGGGACAGAGGACCUUCAGGCUGCUCUCGAAAAGAAUCAGAAUGCACUUCAGGACAUCGAACACAUGAUCACCUCUCUGAAUGAUGUGCGCUCGUCUGUUCACCAUGUGUUUCAUAUCCUGCAAGGACGUACAGAACUUGAAUCAGGAGCCGCGUUUCGGGAACAUGCAAGAUUCACAUACAGUGCUUUAGAAUGCCUUGCAAAACUGGCCAUUGGCUCGGACGGUGUUUUGAACGACAUUCAGGCAGUCGAACUUCCCAAGCUCCAGGGACCAUCGCCAAUAUCACUCGAAACCAAGCAAAAAGAGGCACAGCAAGGGGAAAAAACAAUCACAGGGUUGAGACGGGUAUUACCUGGGGAGACUGGCGGAACAAUAGUCGAACAGAAGAGUCAGGAGUAUCACAAUUUGUCGAUAGAUGACACGCUCCGAUGGUUCAGCAGGGCAACAAAGAAGUCUGGGAGAAAAGUCCAUGCAUCACGGCAGGAUAGUCAGCCAUCUAUGCCUUUCUCGACAGUUAAGAUCAGCGUUUCGGGAGUGAUGCACGCAUAUAUUGUCAUGGAGACCAACGGGAAAGGACGGUGCACAUCUGUAUCUCGACUAAUCGUCUUUGGGACGGGAGAAGAGAACUCUAUUUGGGAGGACUCAAGUCAUCUCGUGUUCAAGAAGAUCACCCAGAUCGCCGUAGGUGCGGUCGAUUACUUUACGGCGAAAGAGCCUCGAUCCCUUCUGGGGCUGACUCUGGAAUGGCUCUCAGCAUACUCCACAUUAUUUACAGCACCAUGUUCAGGGUGCGGAAAGCACCUGUUUUUCGACUCACAGCAAUUCAAGCACCUGCCACCAACACUGUACACCUAUGAUCAACCUACUAAACCUUUUCAUCCGCAGUGCCUGGCAUGAGAUCAAACCCCACACCUCAGUUUCAACCUAAU